AUGAAACUCUUAGCCUGGCAUGCCCGUGGGCUUGGGAACCCACGAGGCAUUCAUACCCUCUGCGACUUGAUGAAGAGGGAAGCGCCCGAUGUUCUGUUUCUUCAAGAAACCAGACUUUGUGUACGUGAAGCUGAAUACUGUAAGUUCAAACUUGGAUUUUCGAAUUGUUUAGCCGUGAGUGCUAAUGGUAGAAAAGGGGGUAUUGCUUUAUAUUGGGGAAGGGAUGUAGCUAUUUCUAUUGUUAGUUACUCUUCUUUUCAUAUUGAUGCUGCUGUGAGUGAUGAUUCUAUAGUUGGGGGACAGUGGUUUUUAACUGCGAUUUAUGGCUUUCCUGAACCUAAUUUGCGCUAUAGAUCUUGGGAUCUUCUAAGGAGUUUAAAACGUGGAACUGGGGAGGCUUGGUUAGUUAUGGGGGACUUAAAUGAAAUCAUGUUUCAACAUGAAAAACAAGGGGGGAAUCCUAAACCAGAGAGUCAGAUGGCAGCUUUUCGGGAUGUUGUUGAAGAGUGUGAGUUAAGAGAUUUGGGUUUUAAUGGUUAUAAAUUUACAUGGUCAAAUAGAAGGGAAGGUAAUUUAUGUGUUAAUGAGAGGCUUGAUAGUUUCCUUGCUAACUCACUUUGGUGGAACUUUUAUCCGAAUGCAAAGGUUGUUCAUGGGCUUGUGGCUUACUCUGAUCACCUACCAAUCUGGAUAGAUAUAGAGGGUGAGGUCAAGAUUUCUCAUAAGAAGAAAAAACUUUUUCAUUUUGAGGAAAUGUGGCUGGGAAAUUCUGAUUGUGAGGCUUUAAUUCAAAAGCAAUGGCGUAUGGGUAGUGCUCACUCAAGAAUGGAGGAUGUUGAGGGGAUGAUUCGGGAAAGUGGUUUGAAGUUACAGCUAUGGAAUAGAAAUAAAUUUGGGAAUGUUCAAAAGAAGGUUCAAGAAGCUAAAUUGAAACUGAAAUAG